GCCGCCUGUCUGUGCUACAUUUUUAUUUAGUUUGUAACCGUUCUUCGACGCGGGCGCCGCUCGCCCGCUCGGACGUUAUUAUACGCUGUUUAUCAGUAGUGUUUUGAUUACAAAACUUUAAACAGAUGUGUGACAAAACGUUAAGACUUCUGAAAGCUUAUCGAUACUCCGGCGCCACCCGGCUCCGGCAUGGGAGGGCGCAAAAUGUUUAAAGCAGCAGCUGUGCUGAUUGCUCUAGGCUACUGCAGUUUAUUGGUGUACCAAGGCGGAGUAACUUUUAACUCUCAAGAAAAUCGCCCUGGAACAGUGCAAGUGUCAGAUCUAUCAAUUGAACCAGUGACUAAAACAAACAUAGACGAUAGUUUACAAAAUAAAAACAUAACUUUAGAUGAUAUAUUUAUAAGUGUUAAAACAACAAAACAUUACCAAUAUACAAGACUACCAAUCAUUUUGAAGACGUGGUUCCAAUUAGCCAAGGAGCAGAUCUGGUUCUUCACAGACACCGAGAACAGACAACACCAAAAUCAAACGAAUGGUCACAUGGUGAACACAAACUGCUCAGCGUCACACCAACGAAAACAUCUUUGCUGCAAAAUGUCGGUAGAAUACGACCACUUCUUGGAUAGCGGCAAGAAGUGGUUUUGCCACUUCGAUGACGAUAACUACGUGAACGUACCCCGCUUGGUCGAGGCACUGCAGAAAUAUAAUCAUCAAGAAGAUUGGUAUCUUGGUCGAACAUCGGUCAAUGAACCGGUCCAGAUUUAUAAGAAGCCGACUAAUGAGUUGAUGUUCUCGUUUUGGUUCGCUACCGGUGGCGCUGGAUUUUGCAUAAGCAGAAGUUUGGCGUUGAAAAUGUUACCUGUUGCGAGCGGCGGUAGAUUUAUCAGCAUCUGUGAGAAGAUACGACUGCCAGAUGACGUCUCUAUGGGUUUUAUAAUUGAGCACCUGAUGAAAAAAAAUUUAACCCUGGUACCAGAGUUCCAUUCACAUUUGGAACAAAUGAAACUAUUACCGGCUGAAUCGUUCAGAGAACAAAUAUCGUUCAGCUACGCGAAGGCGAAAGACGAGUGGAAUGUUGUCGACGUGCCCGGCUUCGAUACUAGAUACGAUCCUAGUCGAUUCCUAUCGCUGCAUUGUUUCCUUUUCCCUCAAUUCAAAUUCUGCCCGAGAUAGCGAAGCAUCUACGAGGAAUCGUUCAAGUAAUCUAUACUUGUUAAGGCUUUCAAUGUCUGUAAAGUUACACAAAAUCAUUAUAACGCCAUUAAAAUAUUAAAAUACCUUAUUAUUAUGUUCAAAUUCACGUUAAAUAGACCUAAAUUAAUUUAACACACAUUAAUGUUUAAUAUUAUCAAAGUCAAAUCCGUUCUAAUCUGAUCUUUGGUCAUAUUUAACUAUUAAAUUCUUUUAAGACAUUUUAAUAACCCACAACAUUAAACUGUUACGACUUUUUUACGGAAUUUAUAAUAUGAACAUUUAAAUUUAUUGUAAUAAUUAAAGAGGUUAUUGCUUUAAUAUUAUUACGAAGAAUAACUUGAUUUAAAGAUUGUUACCUACUCAUUUAAGGUUACAUUUUCAAACAUUUGUUUAUUUAUUCAUUUAGUUUAGUUUAUUUGUUCAUUUAGGUUGUGAUAUUAAACUGUAUUAUAAUGUAAAUAUAAAAAGGCUUUCUAUAUUUAAGAUUGUAUACAAAUAAAGAAUAAAUUAGUUCAGGACACUUAUAUUUCUAGCUACGCAAUUAUUGGGAAAAAGGUGAAAAUUUUGUGAUUAAUAAAUGGAAUUACUUUGAUGUAACAUCAAAAAAUAUGUGUAAAUAAUUAUACAUAAAGAAAAAAUCCUAUUGUAAAUUAUUUCACUAAUGUUUAAAUCGUUUAUUAAAUUUAUUGAAAUGUUAUGAUCAACUAAUCUGUGAUAUUAGGAUAGUUCUAAUAAAAAUGUAAAUGUUUAAAUAUAAGAAAUACGAGGGUCAAACUGAAAGUUCUUAGAAAAUCAAAAACUGAUUACAUUAGCCAGUU